AUGCUGCCCCCUCGACUCUUGCAGACAGUUUUCCCGAGGCACAAGGGGAAACCGGUCGAGGCUGAGAAAAUCGCUAGCAGUAUCGAACAAUUGAAGAAUCACGGAGUUUACGAUCUCGAAGCCCCGAGACUCCCGGACGCCGAGAUCGAAAUCCCUCCCUUGAACGGAAAAUCCAUCUCGGAACAUUUCCAAAAUGUCGGCGAUAAGUACAUCAGACCCUAUAUCUCAGCCGUCGACGCGCUCAUCCAGUCCAGCGUCCCACCAAUCCCCGAAGAAUUCGCUUUCAAAUCAGGAUGGGUACGUUAUUCAGAAGACGGCAAGAAAUUCAGAUGUGUCAGGGCACCGAGAGAGGAUGCCGUGGUUUUCGAUGUGGAGACUGUUGUCACCGAGGGCGGUCUUCCAGCGAUGGCCGUGGCUCUCAGCGCGAAACAUUGGUAUACGUGGUGCUCACCCGCAUUGGUGGAGGGUCGUGACCAUCGGGUCGAUGUCGUAACUCCCGACGCGCUCAUUCCGAUGGACAGAGCCGGCUCGAAGAAGCACCAAGUGAUUAUUGGUCACAAUGUGGGUUUUGAUCGGAGCUAUAUCAGGGAGCAGUACUCAUUGGAAACUACGGGAACUCGUUUCUUGGAUACCCUGUCGAUGCACGUCUGUGUGUCCGGCCAAACGAGCGAGCAGAAAAUUAUGACGAUGUCGCUCAAGAAGAAAAGAGCCGCUUACGAGGAAAAACUCAAGAAACAGCAAAUAUCCGCUGACACUUUCAGACCACCCCCAAAUAUCAAAUGGAACGCCGUGUCGUCUCUGAACAAUCUGGGGGACGUGUACCGCCUGUAUUGCAACAGAGAGCUCGAGAAGUCGGCGAGAGACACUUUCGUGACCGGAACUUCGGACGACGUACGAAAAGAUUUCCAACACCUAAUGAGGUACUGCGUCCUGGAUGUGCUGGCGACGAGGAACGUGCUCUGCAAGCUGCUACCCAUGUUUCGAGAAAAGUUCGCGCAUCCGGCUACGUUUUUCGGCGUCCUAGAAACUCUCACAGCCUACCUUCCAAUAAACGAGAACUGGAGGAAAUACCUGGACAACUGCGGAAAGAUCUACGAUGAGCUCGAUUCCAGAAGCUCGGCUAUCCUUAAUCGAAUCGCCAACGAGACGUGUGCGAUGCUCGAAGGAGACUCCUACAGAUCGGAUCCUUGGCUCUGGGACCUGGAUUGGUCGACGCGCGAAACGAAAUCUGCAGCGGGCAUCGGAGGUUCCGAGGGUGCGAGCGCAAACAACGAUGAAUCCCAAAGCAGUCAAGUUCGGAAACCGAAAUGGUUCAGAGAUCUGAACGAGAAGCAGGAUUCCGAGGAAGCUCGACAUCCGGCCUGGGAAUCCGAGUCGUGGAGCUUCUCCAUCCGGAAGAGAUGUGUCCCGAAGCUGCUGAGAAUCACCUGGGACGGAUACCCAGUGCAUUACCACAGCGAACUGGGCUGGGGAUAUCUGAUCCCAGCUGAGCCCGACCACCCGACUUGGUCUUCCGAUGGGGACGCGAGCUCAAGGGAGAGCCCUACCGAGGGAAAAGGUGGAUUUUUCCCGCUGGAAUCGUACCUGAAAUUGAUCGAUGAGCACCGCGCACGAGAGCAAACAGAUGAAAGUCCCAGCAGCGCACCGGGACCUGAGGAGGCCGAGGAAAAGUUCUCCGACCUCGGCGACUUUUCGAAAUUGGACAACGACUGGAAAGAUGUGUCCCAGGAAGCCGAGCGUUACUCAACAACUUCAGAGAAGACCAAACUCAAGACGAACUAUCCGCAGACUACAUUCGAUAUCGGACUGAGAGGCGUCAGGUUUAAGAAACUUCCCAGGAGUCCGGGCAGCGCUUACAACGCGGGCUCCCCCAUGAGUCGGUCGACUAUCGAAAAAUACUGGGGCACCAGGAUGAGCUCCCGCAACCCGGAAGAUAUAGCCGAGUUACUCGACAUUAUGAAACACACUUCGUAUUGGAAGACUGUUCGUAACCGAAUCUCAGAUCAGGUGGCGGUCUGGAAUUCGGAGAAUCAAGGUGCGAUCCUACCUCGAAUUCUGCCAGCUGGCACAAUAUACCGGAAACCCGUGGACAGAACGUGGUCGACAACGAGCCAUGCGGCUAAGGAUCGCAUCGGCUCCGAAUUCAAGGCCAUGGUCCAAGCACCGGAGGGCUUCCAUUUCGUAGGGGACAGCCCUGAUUCCAAAGAGCUCUGGAUCGCCGCGCUCCUGGGAGAUGCCGAUUGCGCGAAAAUGCACGGCUCGACGGCGCUCGGCUGGAGGGUUAUCCAUGGGGGGCUGCUCUGCGACCGCGGACUUCAUCAGGAGACCGCCCGGAUUAUCGACUGCACAGAAAAACAAGCGAAAAUCCUCGAUCUCGUAAGACUGCACGGCGGGGGUCAGGGCCUGCUCACGAAGAUCCUGAUGGAACUCAUGCCGAACAUGAGCAACGCGGAAGCUUUCCUCCGGACCAAGGAUUUGGUCAAGCUCACGAAGGGCGAACGGCAAUGGCCGGUAACGAAGAGCAAACCCGUGAGCGUCAGAGCCGUGGGCCCAUACCAACGAGCGCUCACGUUCGCAAACGGAAAGAGUUGGUUUGAAACUAAGCUCUGGACGGGAGGCUCGGAGUCGCAUUUCUUCAAUAGGUUGGAACAAAUAGCCUCCGAAAGCCGACCCGCGACGCCAUUCCUCUCGGCAGGGCUGACGAGAGCUUUGGAACCGGCUGUCUUAUACAAUUCGAAGUACGCCAUGGCCAGAAUGAAUUGGGUGCUUCAAAGUUCCGCGGCGGAUUUCCAGCACCUGAUUCUCUUGUCUACGAGAGAUCUAUUCAAUGAAUUCGAUAUCGAAGGGCGACUCGUCCUCACGGCAAACAACGAGGUAAAGUACAUGGUCGCUUCUGAGCAUCGCUACAAAGCUGCGCUCACGCUCCAUAUCUCGAAUUUGUUCGUGCGGUCAUUUUUCGCGGAACGAGUCGGCUUGGACGAUCUUCCUUAUGCGGUAGCCUUUUGUCCCCACGUGACAGUCGAUCGGGUUUUGCGGCAAGACGUGGAGGAUGACUGCGUUACGCCAUCCAAUCCUCGAGGGCUCCGCGAAACCUAUGGUAUCGCUCCCGGAGAGAAAUUGAAUAUAUAUGAGGUCAUAGAUAGAUUAGCGGGGUCCGGGAAACCCGAUGAUAAUGUAAUAACUCAGGUGCAGGAGUCCUAGAAAAUUGUAUAUACGACGUCUUGAUGGUUUUGUGCAGACUCGUCGAUGUAAUUUCCGUGUGGAGAGUACCCGUCUUUUGAUAAACGUUGAUCCUGA